CCUCGCGAAUCGGCCACGCACGUGAACGAUCGUUGGCAAGAGAGUCGGCGAAUCGACGUUGUGAAAUAUGUGUGCUGCUGUUUUGGUGGGGUAUCUUCGCAUUACUACUGGCAUACACACCAGCAGGAGAAUGUUCGGGUCUUUCGCCGCGCUAGUGGUCAGUACAACGACGUCUCGUCCAUCGGACUUGUCGGAUUUACUCUCUCGUCCCGUCGAGCGUCGUUGUCUCGUUCUUUUCCCUCCUUCGUUUUCCCACUGUAACGCGCGCCCUGCGUUCUUUUUGACGGAGAUUUGAAAAAGUCUCGUGGCACUGUAUUCUCAAAUGUUUAGUAUUCAUCGGCAUUCUCAAUCUCCUUAAAAGCUCUCAGUGUGCAAAGUUGUAUUUUCUUAUAACAAUCUACUUCAUAUUUCGAGUGAGAGCGCGGAGUAACGCGCGUUUAUCGAUGAUGAAAUUACUGGCAGGUGUCGAAGAGGAGAGCGAAAAAAUCGAAACGGAGGAAACAAAGAAUGAGUCGAGCAACAACAACAACAAAUCGAGCGAGAAGCUCAACUCCGUCCAGUCGGUUAGGAAAACCGAAAUCAACAAAGCUUCUAACAAUAAGGCAGCUUACGUACGCCCGAGAGAACCGGCCUCGUCGCCUCUCGAGGGAAAAGUCAUUACGCCCGAAGAUGAAGAAAAGAUGAGGCGUCUGCUGCCCUACGAGGAAGCGCCUGAAUACCUGCAGCACAACCCUUUCAUUUUUCAUGGUUAUCGGGGAUACCUCACCACGAAAUUAUGCCUGGAAAGCGUAUUCUGGUGGACAAACGAGACGAUUAAUAUAUGGAGCCACGUAUUCGGAUGGAUGUUGUUCCUGGGGCUGACACUCUAUGACAUUUGUUUACUAAACAUCCACGCUCCGUUCGGCGACAAAGUUUUGGUCACACUGCUCCUAGUGUGCUUUCAGGCGUGCAUGAUACUGUCGUCGGUCUAUCACACGUUCUCCUGCAGGAGCGAAAAGGAUUAUUGGUGCUUCCUGUCCUUCGAUCUUUUCGGCAUAGCGUUGAGUCUCCUGGCAAUUUACAUGUCCGGAGUUUAUUACGCUUUCUGGUGUCACAAAGAACUCCAACGGUUCUAUUUGAUAACAGUCCUGAUGAUAUUCAUAUUAGCGAUGGUGCUCCAAAUACCAAAGCUCGAAGUCGAUGGCAACAUAAAACUCAUGGUUUUCGUUGCCUGGGCUAUCUACGGUGUGCUACCGACGUUUCACUGGGGCGUAGCUAUGGGAGGAAUGGACAAUCCAAUGGUCAGCAUGCUCGUGCCAAGGGUACUCGGAAUGUACGUUAUAAGUGGCUUGGCAUUUGCCAUUUAUGUCAGCAAACUUCCCGAGCGUUUGUUUCCAGGCUCCGUUGAUUACAUCGGUUCUUCUCAUCAAUGGUGGCACGCCCUGGUUGUACUCGCUCUCUAUUACUGGCACAAUACCGGCAUGAUCUAUGUCGAGUACAGAAUGAACCACGGCUGUCCGAGUCAAAUGACGUUGUGACACUUGGAGGGGGACACCCCAAUAGUACCUCCUGCUGACUGCAUUUGCGAAUCGAUGGGUCAGAGUACCGGGAAAUGGUACGAGGAAAUACCGUUUUAUGCAACGACGAACAAGCACUUCUGUGUUAUAAAUAAUCCUUUGAGGGUUUACAUGCGAGAAAGGUGAUGAGAAAUGUUUCAGCUCGUCGAUCAGUCGAGUCUGCCAACGGAUCGGUAAACGAGGAAGCAGCAGCGACACUCGCGACGCGGAGCUCGAAUUUUGAGAGAAUCCAUGGCUCUUCCAUUCGUCUUGGAAUACUGGACCAAAACUGCGCUCAUGCUUUUAUCUUUUUCCGACGAAUACCUUCGGCCAACUGGGCGUUCAAACUGCUCGGGUAUUUCAGUUGAAAGUUGUUUAAUAAAAAAUAUAUUUAUACAAGAAAUAA